GAGCGGUCGCUGGAGGUCCGGGCGCAGAUGGCGCAGCCGCCAGAGUGGUUGGAGGUUCGUCCUCUGCAGCUGCGCCUUCGCCUUGACGGCCGAAAAUGGCGCUGCGAUCUGCCAGAGCGAGUGCUGCCGGAGGCUCCCUUGAAUCGUGCCGUGUACAGAAAAUGCAACAGCACGCUGGUUGUCGCGCUUCGCCGCCCCUUUGCCUCCAGCACCUGGCAGCUCUUCGAGGAUUGUGACCGCCAGUUCGCGGCUAUGCAGAAGGAGGCACAGCGAGUCUUGGGCGACAUGGUAGACAAGGACGUGCAGAUCACGGGCGAGGUGGAUGGCCUCAGGAGUGUGGACGUCACAGUCAGCGACCAGGGUGUGUCCAUCGACUUUGC